CGGCCGGCGGGAGGGGGCGCCGGCUCACGGAACGCCUCUCUUAACGAAUUCCUGCGGCGUCAGCCAUCCCCCAGCCUCCACCCCGCCGACAGUCCACUCUCGCUCUCUCUAGUCCAGAGCGUCCAUUCCCGGCCGGAGCCGUCCCCGUCUGACUGCGCCCGGGUCGUGCGCGUGGAUUCCCCCAGCAGCCGCCGCGUGGUAGCGCCCGCCCCGCCGCCGCUCGCCGGUUGCUCCCCGGCGCUAGGCAGCUCGCCUCAGUGAGCCGCCGCCGCCGCCACCACCACUCACGGCACAGCUCGCCCACUCGGCGCCCAGGGACGAGGAGGAGGAAGGAGCACCCCGCAGCGCAGCGGUUCCCGCAUCCCCACCGCCGCCAGCCCCGCUCGGCCCGGCUCGUCAGCGCGGCGGCGCCCGGCAUGUAUCAGAGCCCGCGGCGGCUCUGCUCGGCCCUGCUGCUCAGGGACGCCCCCGGCCUGCGCCGCACACUCGUGCCCGGCCCGCGCCGAACGCUCGCCCCGCCGGUGCUCGGAUCCCGGCCCGCGUCCCCGCAACUGCAGGCGGCGGCCUCGGGUGCCGCGAGGUCGCGUCCCCGAAUAGUGACUUCCAUGGGAAACGGUACCAGUCGCCUCUACAGUGCUCUCGCCAAGACAGUCAACAGCAGUGCAGCUGCCCAGCACCCGGAGUAUUUGGUGUCAGCUGACCCCGACCAUCUGGAGCCCAUCGAUCCUAAGGAACUUCUCGAAGAAUGCAGGGCGGUUCUGCACACGCGGCCACCCCGGUACCAGAGGGAUUUUGUGGCCCUGAGGACACACUGCUCCAGUAGCCACUCUCCCAUCAGAGUCAUGCAGUGGAACAUCCUCGCCCAAGCUCUGGGAGAAGGCAAAGACAACUUUGUACAAUGCCCCGUCGAAGCGCUCAAAUGGGAGGAGAGGAAAUGCCUUAUCCUGGAGGAAAUCCUGGCGUACCAGCCAGACAUACUGUGCCUCCAAGAGGUGGACCACUAUUUCGACACCUUCCAACCACUCCUCAGGAGACUGGGCUACCAAGGCACAUUUUUCCCCAAGCCCUGGUCACCAUGUCUAGAUGUGGAACACAACAACGGUCCAGAUGGCUGUGCCUUGUUUUUUCUCCAAAGCCGAUUCAAGCUCAUCAACAGCACCAAUAUCAGGCUGACAGCCAUGACCCUGAAAACCAACCAGGUGGCCAUUGCACAGACCCUGGAGUGCAAGGAAUCGGGGCGACAGUUCUGCAUUGCUGUCACCCACUUAAAAGCACGCACUGGCUGGGAGCGGUUCCGAUCAGCUCAGGGCUGUGACCUCCUCCAGAACCUGCAGAACAUCACACAGGGAGCAAAGAUCCCCCUGAUAGUCUGCGGGGACUUCAACGCAGAGCCGACUGAGGAGGUCUACAAACACUUUGCUUCCUCCAGCCUCAAUCUCAACAGCGCCUACAAGCUGCUGAGUCCCGAUGGACAGUCAGAGCCUCCGUACACGACCUGGAAGAUCCGGACCUCGGGGGAGUGCCGCCACACGCUGGACUACAUCUGGUACUCCAGACACGCUCUGAGCGUCACGUCCGCUCUGGACCUGCUCACCGAGGAACAGAUUGGGCCGAACCGGCUGCCGUCCUUUCAUUACCCUUCAGACCACCUGUCUCUAGUGUGUGACUUCAGCUUUAACCAGGAGCCUGAUGGGCUUUUUUAAACACCGUCAUUUUAACCACAAAAGUCUUAACCAGGGAUGUUUUGGGAGACUGAAAUAGGAUAGGAAAUUGCCUGGAAAAGGACACCCAAUUUCUGCCGCUACUCUCCAUCAUUUCCAGCAUGCCCUUGAAAAAAGUUGACAAACCUUUCCAGUUAAAACCUGCAUCGAGAAGGUGUUUGCACUCCAUCCAAACUUGUUCUCAUCUGUGUUCCGCCCGCUGCCGUCCAGGGCAUUCGUAGCAUAGGCUUUCUUGUGUUUUAGUUGAGGAUAUUAUAGAAACCCAGUUUGUGAGCCCUUCAGAAUUAAAGUAAGAUGUAGGAAGUUUUCUAGACAUCAUUUCAAGUUAUUUAUUUGUGGGGAUUUUUAAAGGUCAGUGGGAAAUGCAUGGUAAUAUUUAUUUUUUUAUAUCUUCAUGUAAGAUUAAGGGAUUAUGUAGCACUGUGGACAUUUUAGAACCAUGCAGGUACAGUCUUAAUUCCUUAAAACUUAAAAAUGUUUUUAUUUGCUGAUGUAACAAUGUACAGUAAGGAGCUGUUUAGCCUGGGCAUUAGUGACUGUCUGUACACUCUUCACAAACAGUUCCUGUUUGCUAUGCCUCUGACUUACCUGUUGUGUUUUAAAGAAAUUCAGGAGCGUUCACUUCUUCAGUUCCCACUGUUUAGUCACUGUUAGGUAUUUGUGCCUUUUCCGUUGUGAUGACAUUGGUAGACAUGUGAAGAUUACUCCAACCACUUCUUCUGGAAUGUGCUUUAUAAGUAGCUUUAGGAACCGUUCUGGAACAGUUGCUAAGAAUAUGAGUGAGGAAUCUUAUCAAGAUGCCAGAUGUGAUCCCAGCAUUCAACUGAGACAAAGCCCAUGUCUCGGAGGCCAGCAUGGGCUAGAUAUCAAGACCCUUUCUUGGAAAAAUCCCAAAGACAGCCAGAUGAUUGGGUUCAAAUUUUCUAGAAAAAUAUAAGAGUCAAAAAGAUAACCUGGAGUUCUCUUUCAAUUGUUGAAGCCUCUUUCAAACAAAAUAAUCUACCAGUGGUAGGAUGGUAAAUACUUACUGUAUGAAUUCUAAAUGUUACUUAAGAUUAAUAAAUGGACUUAUAAAGAG